AUGGCAGAAAAUGUGGAAGACAAAGCAGAGGCAACCCAGGCAUCAAUUGCUAGCAAAAGAAAUUUUGGAAGUUCAAAGCAAUCUUCAGGCGCUGGUACAGGUCCCCGUAAUUGUAGUUGGACUGCUCUUCAGCAACAUAUCUCUGAUUUUGAUGUUAAUAAGGAUGGUAUCCUUUAUCCCUGGGAGACAUAUGCAGGACUUCGGGGUAUCGGAUGGAAUGUAAUUGCCUCUACCAUCUUGACUAUUGUUUUCAACGUCACAUUCAGUUAUGCUUCUCUCCCGGGAUGGGUUCCUUCUCUUCUGUUUCCUGUAUACAUUGAGAACAUCCAUAAAAACAAGCAUGGAGAUGAUACAGAAAAUUAUGACAAAAAAGGAAGUUUCUUCUCAGAUGAUUUUGAAAUGUUGCUGAGCAGCCUGUGUCCUCCUAAAUCACCCAACAAGCUCAAACUGACAGAGCUUUGGAAGAUGCCCGUACAUAUCAUCCUGUGGAUAAAAGAGAAGAUGGGAUGGACAGCUCUGUAUUUUUUGGCCAGGCUAGAAGCUAUUUCCCUGUCAAAAGAGGCUGACGAUUUCGAUAGAACUUUGUACAUGACUAGGAAGCAAGAAGAGACAAAAGUGAAGACCAGCUGA